AUGGCUACUUGGUGGAAUGAAAAUGCUAAAGUUUCUGAUUGUGAUGAUCCGAAGGAGAUGAUUACUACUACUACUACUACUACUACUACUACUACUACUACUACUACUACUACUACUACUACUACUACUACUACUACUACUACUACGGCGACGACAACGAAUACUGCUGCUACUGUUGCUGCUCGUCCUCCUCUUCCUUCAUGUAGUAGCCCUAUUGAAUAUGUAAAUAAACUAUUUAAUAAUAAAUAUGUAAAGAGAAAAGCAUCAACAACAACAACUUCGGAAACUAGUGGUAUUACACCUAAUAAACGUGUGUGUCCAUCACUAAACAAAGGUGAUUGCAACAACAACAGCGUACAAGGUAGUUGUCAUCGCAUUAUUGAAGGUGUUGGUGUUAGUGCUAGUGUUGGAGGUGAUGAUAAUGACCAACUGAGUUCAACUAAUAAUUCUGCUACUACUACUCCUUGUGUUGACGAGGGGGCGCAAGAACAGGUCAGCAGCGGCGGAGGAGGGACAUCACGUAGUUCUGAUGAUACAAAUGUUACUGAAAUGUAAGUUUCAGUGUUAACAGUAUUUUCAAGUGUUGUUUUUGCAAAGAUUUGAUUGUUUACAGGAUUUCGUCAUGAGUUGACAUCAGUUAGAGAAGCAUCGGGAAACCAGCUGGGGGAGAAUUACACAGCCAGACAUCUAUUUCAUCGGUCUGGUUUAGUAGGACACUUCAGCAGUAGGCACUCACCCCCACUAAAGUUCGAACCCAGUACCUUUCAGUGACAAGGCUAGCGAG